ACGUGGUUACAGUUCAGGUCAGUGUGAUCGGUGUGAGUUGAGUUGUGCUGCUCGGUUUAUCGGUCAUCAUGCCGUGUCCUGAUCAGCAGGUCCUGGCCGACUGGAGUGAAGGUGGACAGGCAGGAAUGAAGCAGGUCAGGUUUGUUAACGGUGGAGUUUCAGGGUCCCGGGAUCUAAAAAGUGAAUCCGUACUGAGCUGUGAUUCACCUCUUCAGAUCCCUCCUCAACUCAAACUGCUGCCCCUUAAUGACCAAAUCCGAGAGCUGCAGACCAUAAUCAGAGACAAGAGCACAAGUAGAGGAGACUUUGUCUUCUGUGCUGACAGAUUGAUUAGACUGGUAGUCGAGGAAGGAUUAAACCAGCUGCCUUAUACUGAAUGUUCAGUGAUCACACCUACUGGACACAAGUAUGAAGGUGUCAGGUUCAAGAGAGGAAACUGUGGUGUCAGUAUAAUGAGAAGCGGCGAGGCGAUGGAGCAGGGUCUGCGGGAUUGCUGCCGCUCCAUCCGCAUUGGCAAGAUUCUCAUCCAGAGUGACGAGGAAACGCUAAAAGCUAAAGUCUACUACGCUAAAUUCCCCCCGGAUAUCUACAGACGCAAGAUCCUGCUCAUGUAUCCCAACCUGAGUAGCGGAAACGUCGUUAUUGAAGCAGUGCGAUUGUUGAUUGAUCAUGGUGUCCAGCCCUCACACAUCAUCCUCCUGAGUCUGUUCUCCACCCCUCAUGGAGCCACGUCCAUCAUCCAGGAGUUUCCAGAAAUCACAAUCCUGACCACUGAGGUUCAUUCUGCAGCUCCUACUCACUUCGGACAGAAAUACUUUGGGACCAACUGAUUUACCAGCGAGACCAGACCAGUUUAAAGAGCCUUUUUAUUUCAUUAGAAGUGUAAUACAUUACAUACACCGAUCAGGCAUAACAUUAAAACCACCUCCUUGUUUCUA